AUGACUUACAAGAGAAGUAUGCAUACCCCUGUUUCCUCUGAUGAAGAACCUGAGAAGCAACACUGGCCUGAGUUCAAUGAUGAGUAUGGAUUUGGAGAAGGCCACUUUGAAGUAAGUACCAAGUUUGCAACUCUUGAUGAUUUUAAAGAAGUGGUAAAGGACUUGUUCAUAUCUGAGGGUAGGCAGCUUCAAUGGAUUAAAAAUGAUAAAGAAAGGGUUCGGGUAGGUUGCAAAGGAGAAGAAUAUCCAUGGGUUGUACAUGUAUCCUACAAUAAUUCUCUUAGGUGCUUCCAGGUUAAGACUUUUAAAUCUGAGCAUACAUGUGCAAGGGACAUGGGGAGUAAUGCUGCUGACCAACACUGGCUGAGCAACAAAAUUGAAAAAAGGCUAGGUAUCCAUCUUCAGAUGACUAGGAAGGAGGCUAGUGAUUUUCUGAAAGAUGAGUUUGGGAUACAUCCUAAUGAUAAGAUGGUUUACAGGGCACUAAAGGAGGCAAGAGACAGAAUUGUCGAAAGCGAGAGUGAGCAAUAUGGAAAGCUGAGGGAUUAUCUAUUUGAACUCUUACGCAGCAACCCUGGAUCUACUGCACUCUUAGAAGUGAUACCAAUUCCACAAUCCCUACCAGUGUUUGAUAAGAUAUAUAUAUGCCUGGAUGCAUGCAAAAAAGGCUUCAAGAGUGGCUGUAGACCUCUAAUAUAUUUGGAUGGAUGCUUUCUUAAGGGGUACUUUGGUGGACAGUUACUUUCAGCGAUUGCCCAAGAUGCCAAUAAUCAUUUCUAUACCAUUGCUUAUGCUGUUGUCGGAUCAGAAACAAAGGAGUCAUGGAAAUGA